AUUUUCUUUUUUUUGUUCAGCAAAACCCCUCUCUGUCACUCUCCUCACUCUCGCAAAACCCUAAUUUCAUAGAUCCAAUGGCGCUGCAACAGUUUGGGCGCACUAAGAGCGUGACGAAGCGGUCAACUAAGUAUGUGGAGCAAGCUCUGUACUUGAGGCUGUUCAAGGAUGGUGGCUCCGAGGUGAGCGUUCGUCAGCAGCUCAAUGAAGUCCUCAAGAGCCGCAAGCGAGUUUACAAAUGGGAGGUCGGCGAGACCCUCAAGAAGCUUCGCGAAUGCAAGCUCUACUACCCCGCUCUCAAGGUCCGCAAUUCCACGUUCUUAAAUUUUUACUGGUUAUGCUACCUGGCUUUCCCUAAAACUGCAAAUAUAAGUUAUCUGAAUAUAAUCCAGGUUUUGGUUAACUUGAAUGAUCUACCAGGUGCAGAGAAAUGUUUCAGGGAAUGGGAAUCGCGGUGCUCAACCUAUGAUAUUCGAGUAGCAAAUUCUUUGAUUGGAGCUUAUGCUAAAGAGGGUAUGCUAGAGAAGGCUAAGGAGCUCAAGGAGCAGGCCCGUAGGAGAGGUGCCAAGCCUAAUGCAAAAACUUGGGAGAUCUUUCUGGAUUAUUAUUUGGAGACCAGAGAAUAUCAGUUGGCUGUUGAUUGUGUUGCCAAUGCGACGUCCAUUGGUAGAGGGGAUGGCGGGAAGUGGAGUCCAUCACGUAAGAUUGUCAAAACCUUGAUGGAGCAUUUUGAGCAAGAGAAGGAUGUUGAUGGUGCAGAAGGUUUCUUGGAGAUUUUGAAGAAGUCUGUAGAUUCCCUAGGGGUUGAGGUGUUUGAGUCAUUGAUUAGAACUUAUGCUGCUGCUGGAAAAACAACCCCUUCGAUGCGCGCUCGGUUGAAAAUGGAGAAAUUGGAGGUGAGCGAAGCCACUAAAAAGUUGCUUGAGGCCGUCUGUGUGGAAUGAGUUUUGUUGAUCUCCCAUAUGCAUUUCUUCAGAAUUUCAAUUUUUAGGAAACAAGUUUGAACGGUCUUGGGGGGGUUUUUGUUCUCACAAUAAAAUUUUCCUUUCUACACCGUAACAAGUAAUCGAAGGAUUGUAGUUGUAAUUCGAUACUUGGGUUCAAUUCUUAGUUUAUUCUGUGUUUUACAGUUCCAAAGUGGGCUUUGCGAAUCAAAAUGUUUAGUGGCUUAAGGGCCAAUCAAACUCUACUUCCCCCCUCUGUUUGGACUAAGGAAUUGAAAAUUACAUAGAACUCGAAAAUAACGAAAA